AUGUAUCGUCGUGACGUCCUAAAGCGUCGCCCUAGUAUCCGCGUAGCCUCUAUCGCAUCGAAAGGACGCGCAGGAGAAUCCUGUCGCAGCAGCAGUUCGGCAUUCGGCUGAUUCACGAUCGCCACGCGGCUUACAAGCGCUUUUUAUUACGCUCUUGCUUUGAUAUCGCGCGGUCGCUCGCGAAUAUUUUGUUUUGAACUUGCUUCUUCUACAUGCUAUGGAUUAAAGACUACAUCGGAAACUGAAGCCAUGGUGCCAGCUGUUUGUUAAUAUUUUGCGCCUCAUUAAAGAUGUCGGGCUGCUGUUCCCACCAAGGAUCAUCAACGCGAGUCCUUUGGAGGAGUGAACAGGGUGUACGGCUAUACAUUGACCCCCAUCCUAAGUUUUUUAUAUGACCUUCUAGAAGGAAAAGUUGUACAUAAAAGUAUAUUGUCUGAUAUGAAGUUU